UACAUUAACUAACUACUAACAACUAGCCCUACCGUUGCAUUUGUUUUGCUGCUCAACUCAAUUUCUCAACCGGAACCCUGAAUCACGUUCCGGUACCAGAUGACAGAGAAUGACAAAGCUUUGAAGGAUUGCGAACGCAUGAUUCACAAGAGUCUCAAGUCUCCAAUCGUGAAAUUCUUGAGGGAACACUUGGAUAAAUCCGGUUGUCCUGUUCAAGACAAUUUCUUCAAAGCUAUUCACUGUGACAAGCUUCAAGCCAGCGGUUACAUUCCCGGUGAAGGGAUAGCUGUGUGUGGAAAUCGAACACAGAUGCAAGACGAGGUUACACAGGCUAUAACUCAUGAACUAAUUCAUGCAUUUGAUGACUGUCGAGGCGCAAACUUGGAUUGGACUGAUUGUGCUCACCAUGCUUGUAGUGAGAUAAGGGCUGCUCAUCUAAGUGGCGAUUGUCAUUUCAAACGGGAACUUCUACGAGGAUUUUUGACUGUGCGAGCGCACGAACAAGAAUGCGUCAAAAGAAGAGUUUUGACAUCAUUGUCUUCAAAUUCGUUUUGCUCUGGUUCAACUGCCAAGGAUUCUAUGGAAGCUGUAUGGGAUGUAUGUUAUAAUGAUACAGCACCUUUCGAUAGAGCUCCUUAGAAAUAGCAUUGUUGUUUCCAGUUUAUGGCAUAGCAACCAUUAUUUCCAUUCUUUGCCUCAAGGGACCACAAAUGUAAUUCAAAUUAAAGAAACGAUGAGUUAUUUAUUUUUAGCUGAGAUCUAUUUAUCUGUUGCAAAUUGUUACUUGAUCUGGAAACUUUUUCUUCUCA